GGAACUGGGCGGCCAGCUCUAGGAAGAGUCUUGGUGGUUCCAAACCUUUUCCAUUUAAGAAUGACGGAGGCCACAGUUUUUUGGCGACAUUCAAUGAUGCAUAAAUUUUUUUGUACCCUUCCCCAGAUCUGUGCCUCGACACAAUCCUGUCUCGGAGCUCUACGGACAGUCCUCAUAGUGCAUGUCAGAACAAAAACCAAGCUGUCAACUGUGGAAACAUUUUGUAUAGACAGAGUUUGUGUGAAGAAGUCGACUCAGGAACGAUUGGCCCUGAAAAUCCUAAUUGAUCGUCCCAAGGCCCGAAAUGAGGUGCGGCUCCACAUGAUGUGUGCUACACACCCUAACAUUGUGCAGAUUAUGGAGGUGUACGCCAAUAGUGUGCAGUUUCCUCACGAAUCCAUUCCAAGAGCGAGGUUACUGAUCGUCAUGGAGAUGAUGGAGGGAGGCGAGCUGUUCCACAGGAUCAGUCAGCACAGACACUUUACAGAGAAGAUGGCUAGCCAGGUCACCAAACAGAUCGGCCAGGCCCUGGAAUACUGUCACUCACUGAAUAUUGCACAUCGAGACCUGAAACCAGAGAACCUGCUCUUCAAGGAUAACUCCCUGGAUGCACCGGUGAAGUUGUGCGAUUUUGGAUUUGCAAAGAUUGACCAGGGGGACUUGAUGACCCCACAGUUCACUCCUUACUACGUUGCACCUCAGGUACUUGAGGCUCAAAGGCGACACCAGAAGGAAAAGUCUGGAAUAAUACCUACCUCACCCACCCCAUACACCUAUAACAAGAGCUGUGACCUGUGGUCCAUGGGGGUGAUCAUCUACGUGAUGCUGUGUGGCUACCCUCCCUUCUACUCCAAGCACCACAGCCGCACCAUCCCCAAGGAUAUGCGCAAAAAGAUCAUGACGGCCAGCUUUGACUUCCCCGAGGACGAGUGGAGCCAGAUCUCUGAAAUGGCUAAGGACAUUGUCCGCAAGCUGCUGAAGGUGAAGCCUGAGGAGAGGCUGACCAUUGAGGGUGUACUGGAACACCCCUGGCUGAACUGCACAGAGGCCCUGGACAACGUGCUGCCCUCGGCACAGAUGAUGAUGGACAAGGCAAUGGUGGCAGGGAUCCAGCAGGCCCAUGCUGAACAGCUGGCUAACAUGAGAAUACAGGACCUCAACAUCAGCCUCAAGCCACUUAACUCCGUCAAUAACCCCAUCCUGAGGAAAAGGAAACUCCUAGGCAGCAAGCAGAGGGAUGGCUUCUUCAUCCACGAUCCAGAGAACGGCGGCGAGGACGCCAAUGUGGCCCUGGAGAAACUCAGAGACGUCAUCGCUCAGUGUAUCCUCCCACAGGCUGGGGAGAAUGAGGACGAGAAACUGAAUGAGGUGAUGCAUGAUGCGUGGCGUUUCAACCGAGACUGCAAACUACUGCGAGACGGGCUGCAGGGCCUCAGCUGGGAUGGACGGGCCUUCUCUGACAAAGUGGACCGCUUGAAGUUGGCUGAAAUAGUGAAACAGGCUAUAGAGGAAAAGACGCAUUUACAAGACUCUCAGUAGCAAGUGAUUUAUUUAUCUCCUUUUGUAAUCGUUUAUUCUAACAUUUUUUUUAAGCCAAUGACUGUAGAGGCAUUUUUAUGUAAAUUAACACGCUAAAACUAUAGGAUUUUUUAAAAAGAAUUCACUUGCAAGACUAUUGUACUGUAGAUAUAUUGAAAAGAGGCCUUGUUGGCACUAUAUAUAUUUUUUUUAAGAAUGACUGCAAAGAAUAAACAAAUCCUUAUAUUUUUGUAAAAAAGAAGAGGAAAAUCACAAAAAGAUUAUUUUCUGUAACCCACUGGAGGGAAUUUUUACAAGCUGCUUGUCCUGGAUGUCCACGGUGAUGUUUUAAUCUCACUCGUUUUUAUUUAAUUGGAUUUUUAUUCCUUUACCUUUUUUACAAUGCUACAAAUUGUAUUUAUUUCACAAAGCAACCCUUAUUUCUGACCAUGAAGCCUGAUGUUUGAUCAUUCUGUCAGUUGAACAAUAUGGGUCUAAAGCGGACAGAGGAACUAGGCUUAAACUUGGAUUGUUCACCCAUUGGGUGGUAAGUGGUCCAGGGGGUAGGGAGAGGGACCUCGGUGGAAGUGUGAGGGUUUCCUGUUUAGCUCCAUUAGUUCGCUGAGAUUACUGCUGUUGUACCUUGAAGCUGCUCUGCUUCAAUCUAGAUAUCAGCAACAGUCAACUUUAUUACGUAAUGUUUAAUAGUAAUUUAAAGCAUGUGCAUAAUUUGUACAUAGGUUCAAUAUACAUACAUGUUGUAAAAUACACUAAAUGCUCAAAAGUAUGUGCACGCCUGCUCGUUGAACAUCUCAUUACAAAAUCAUGGGCAUUAAUAUGGAGUUGGUCCAAAUAGCCUGUCCUCAGUUGCAACACUCAAUACUGAGUUCCAAACUACCCCUGGAAGCAAAGUCAGCACAAGAACUGUUUGUCAGGAGCUUCAUGAAAUGGUUUUCCAUGGCCUAGCAGCCGCACAAAAGCCUAAGAUCGCCAUGUGCGAUGCCAAGCGAUUGGCUGGAGUGGUCUAAAGCUCGCCGCCAUUGGACACUGGAGAUGUGUUCUCUGGAGUGAUGAAUCAUGCUUCACCAUCUGGCAGUCUGAUGGAUGAAUCUGGGUUUGGCAGAUGACAGGAAAGCACUAACUUCCAGAAUGCAUAGUGCCAACUGUAAAGUUUGUUGGAGGCGGAAUAAUGGUCUGGGGCUGUUUUUCACGGUUCGGGUUAGGCCCCUUAGUUCCAGUGAAGGGAAGUCUUAACGCUACAGCAUGCAAUGACAUUCUGGAGGAUUCUGUGUUUCGAAAUGGUUUGUCGAAAUCGGUGUGGAAGAACUUGAAUGGCUUGCACAGAGCCCUGACCUCAACCCCAUCAAACACUUUCUGGGAUGAAUUGGAACACUGACUGCGAGCCAGACAUCAGUUCUGGACCUCACUAAUGCUCUUGUAGCUUAAUGGGAAGCACAUCUCUACAGCAAUGUUCCAACAUCUAGUGGAAAGCCUUCCUAGAAGAGUGGAUGCUGUUAUAGCAGCAAAGGGGGGACCAACUCCAUUUUAAUGCUGAUGAUUUUGGAAUGAGAUGUUUGACAAGCAGGUGUUCACAUACUUUUGAUCUAGUAGUGUAUAUUUCUGUAUGUAAAGUCUUAUUUAUGACUAACAUGGACUCCCUGCUGUGGUCAAGAGCUUAGAGAACACUAAACAAGACUGGUAAAAAGAUGCAAUGUAGGUUUUCUACUACAGUACUUGAUUAUUUGUUACUUGUAUAUAUGGUAUAAUAUCUUAAGAUGUUUAAACAUUUUCGAAUGUACAGUACCAUCAAAAGUUUGGACACACCUACUCAUUCAAGGGUUUUUCUUUAUUUUUGACUAUUUUCAACAUUGUAGAAUAAUAGUGAAGACCUGAAAACUAUUAAAUAACACAUAUGGAAUCAUGUAGUAACCAAAAAAGUGUUUGAAAAACAAAUGAUAGUUUUGUCCUUUUGAAAAACAAAUGAUAGUGGGACUAAGCGCACAACAGAUGGAAUGGCGUAUCGCUGCAGAAUGCUGUGGUAGCCAUGCUGGUUAAGUGUACCUUGAUUUCUAAAUAAAUCACUGACAGUGUCACCAGCAAAGCACCAUCACAACACCUCCAUGCUUCACGGUGGGAACUACCUAUGCGGAGAUCAUCUAUCCAUCUACUCUACGUCUCACAAAGAUACGGCGGUUGGAUCCAAACAUAUCACAUUUGGACUCAUCAAACCAAAGGACAGAUUUCCAACCGGUCUAAAUGUCCAUUGCUAGUGUUUCUUGUCCCAAGCAAGUCUUCUUAUUGGUGGCCUUCAGUAGUGGUUUCUUUGCAGCAAUUUGACCAUGAAGGCCUGCUUCACGCAGUCUCCUCUGAACAGUUGAUGUGUCUGUUACUUGAACUCUGAUGCAUAUAUUUGGGCUGCACUUUCUAAGGCUGGUAACUCCAAUGAACUUAUCCUCUGCAGCAGAGUUAACUCUGGGUCUUCCUUUCCUGUGGUGGUCCUCAUGAUAGCCAAUUUCAUCAUAGCGCUUGAUGGUUUUUGCGACUGCACUUGAAGAAACUUUCAAAGUGCUUGAAAUGUUCCUGAAUGACUGAUCUUCAUGUUUUAAAGUACUGAU